AUGGCUAAUAUCAAGGGACCCGGCGAGGCGCAGACGUUUGACGGAUCCGACCUUCGAGUCGCCAUCGUCCACGCACGCUGGAACACAGUGAUCAUAGACUCCUUAAUAGCUGGAGCAAAGAAGAGCUUGGCCCGCGCGGGCGUCAAGGAGGAGAAUAUCGUCCUCCAGAGCGUCCCAGGUAGUUAUGAGUUGCCAUUUGCCGUCCAGAGAAUAUACGCAGCCUCACACGUCAACGCAAACGCACCCUCGUCGGGAGGAAGCGCCGACCUUCUCUCCAGCUCCACAACAGACCUCACAAAGCAAACGACCGGCACCACCGGUACCAGCGCCGGCACGAAGCCGUUCGACGCAAUAAUUGCCAUCGGCGUAUUGAUCAAGGGCGAGACAAUGCAUUUUGAAUAUAUCGCUGACGCAGUGAGCCAUGGUCUGAUGCGUGUUCAGCUCGAUAUGGGUGUUCCUGUUAUCUUUGGGCUGUUGACGGUUCUCACUGAGGAGCAAGGGUUGGCUAGAGCUGGCCUGGCGAAGGAAGGGGGUAUGCAUAAUCACGGCGAGGAUUGGGGCAGUGCGGCUGUUGAAUUAGGUGCGAAGAGGAGAGGGUGGUUGGAUGGGAAGAUUUUGUAA